AUGGCAUCAAUUUACGAGCUAAUUGCUGAAGGAGGUAGACUUCCAGAAAUAACAAGAAAGGUUUUUAAUGAGCUUGAUACUAAUCAAUCUGGGCAGAUUGAAUGGGAUGAACUAUCUGAAGCACUUAACAGAAUUUAUGCUGAGUGUGGACUUAAUCCUCCAACAGCUGAAGAUGUAGAACGUAAAAUGAAAGAGCUUGAUACCGAUAAAAGUGGCACUAUCAGUGCUGAAGAGCUUGAAAAAUACGUUAGAGAGCUCCUAGGAGACUAUUAA